AUGAUUGGGAGAAAAAUAAGAUUCAAAAGCAUUCCUCCAGAGACAAACAGGGCUGACAGUUCUCCAAAAGGUUUAUUUGAGAGCAAAUGGUCAGCUCAAGAUAGGACUCAAAGCUAAAUCGAAUCACACCAUUCCAAUAAACUGAAAAAUACAGGCAGUUUGUUAAAGCUUGAAAUUUCAUUAAUGAGCGAGUAAAAGUAAAAUGUAUUUGAAGGGACUGGAAGACUCAUCAUUGGUAAAUGGGUCAUUAUUUAAAAAGCUUUAAGUGCUCCCCAAAGUUAUUACAAACUUAGACUCCUAAUAACAAAAGUAUACUAUGGCAAAAAGUCUUACAAAAAUGCAUUGAGGAUCAAGUUCGUAGUCAGUACAAUAAUAGUUGAAGAUUCCAUUGCCUAAGCUAGUAAUUAAAGUGAGGAUGUAUCCACUAUUGAUAAAUAUGAAGGUGAAAUGAAAAAGAUUACUGUCUAGUGA